ACCUGGGCAACGAAGGAAGGUGAGGUGGGCAGACUACAAACAGAGUCAGUCAGUGUGUAGCUGUCGUGAAGCUCGGACGUAUACCUCCGCACCUUUUCCCCCCCUCUCUUUCCUUUUCCGAGACCUGCCGUCCCCGAGUCGCUCUAUACUUUUCAAGAUGGGAGGACAGAGAAAUGGAACCUGGACGCCAACCAAGAGACGAGGACCCAUCGCAGCCGAAUUCUCCAGCCCUGGGCCGGCUUCCAUCGCCCUGAAGUCCUCCAUUGGAAUUGGAGAUUCCACGAAGAACCGUCCCCCAGCCUUCACGAUGUCCAGCCGCCAAGCAUCGAAGCUGGAGACGGCAGGACCUGGGCCAGGACAGUACAAUGUUACUGGCCUCUCCAACAAAGGAAGAGAUGAACCACAUGCUGCCAGUAUGCACAUCAAGCCUAAGGAUCCCAAGGGCUACGUCACUCCAGCACCCUGCGACUACUCUCCCGAGAAGGCAGAAGCAAAAGUCAACGAGGCAUCCCCGAAAUUCUCCUUUGGCAUGAAGACAGAAAACGGGAAAGCUUCCGAUACCCCAGCUCCCAACAGCUAUUCUAUUCCAACCUUGCUGGGAUCCACCAAGGAAGGGGCAAAGCAGUCAGCGCCCAGUUUCACAAUGUCAGCCCGACCAAAGCCUGAAGAGGACAAGAUGAAGGUCCCAGGUCCCGGCUCAUAUGAGGGAGCAGCGGUUGACAAAUACAAGACGAUGAAGAGUCCUUCCUUUAGUAUGGGGCAGAGGACUACCAUUCCCUCUGACCACACCAUGAAACCAGGACCAGGAGCUCACUGCCCAGAGAAGUACAAGGAUUCUGGUCCAGCGUUUACAAUGGCACCGAGGGCCCCAGAGGAAGUCGACAAAAUGAAAGUCCCGGGUCCAGGCGCCUAUGAAGCUGGUGACCUCGACAAGUGCAAGGAAAAGCUACCAGCAUAUACUAUGGCUCCAAAGACAAAUUUGCCUACUGACAAAACACAAAAGCCAUCCCCAAAUGCAUACUCUCCAGAGAAGUACCAGGAUUCCGGUCCAAAGUUCACCAUGGCUCCCAGACCAGCUGAGGAAACUGAUAAGAUGAAGGUCCCAGGUCCAGGUACUUACAAUGCCGGUGAUCUCGAUAGGUGCAGGGAAAAGAUGCCAGCCUUCACAAUGGGCAAAAAGACAGAAUUACCCACUGACAAAACACCAAAGCCUGCUCCUAAUGCAUAUGCCCCAGAGAAGUACCAGGAAACAGGUCCAAAGUUCACGAUGGCUCCCAGACCGGCUGAGGAAAUUGAUAAGAUGAAGAUUCCUGGUCCAGGUACUUACAAUGCUGGUGAUAUUGAUAAAUGCAGAGAAAAAAUGCCAGCUUUUACAAUGGGCAAAAAGACAGAAUUACCCACUGACAAAACACCAAAGCCUGCUCCUAAUGCCUAUUCGCCAGAGAAGCACCAGGAUUCAGGUCCUAAGUUCACCAUGGCUCCCAGACCAGCUGAGGAAACUGACAAGAUGAAGAUUCCUGGACCGGGCACUUACAAUGCCGGUGAUCUUGAUAAGUGCAGGGAAAAGAUGCCAGCUUUUACAAUGGCCCCAAAGACAGAGUUACCCACAGACAAGAGCCCCAAACCAGCCCCCAAUGCAUACUCCCCAGAGAAGUACCAGGAUGUGGGCCCAAUGUUCACGAUGGCUCCCAGACCAGCUGAAGACUCUGAUAAAAUGAAGAUCCCAGGCCCAGGUACUUACAAUCCUGGAGAUCUUGACAAAUGCAGAGAAAAGAUGCCAGCCUUUACAAUGGCUCCAAAGACAGAAUUACCCACCGACAAAGGUCCAAAGCCAGCCCCUAAUGCGUACUCCCCUGAGAAGUAUCAGGAAACCGGUCCCAAGUUCACAAUGGCACCCAGACCCGCUGAAGAAGUUGACAAAAUGAAGAUCCCAGGUCCAGGUACAUAUGAUUCAGGGGACUUGAACAAAUGCCGAGAAAAACUCCCAGCUUUCACUAUGGCCCCCCGGACAGAAUUGCCCACCGACAAAACCCCCAAACCUGCCCCGAACGCUUAUGCCCCAGAGAAGUACCAAGAAACCGGUCCCAAGUUCACAAUGGCGCCUAGACCUGCUGACGAUGUCGACAAAAUGAAGAUUCCAGGUCCCGGUACGUACGACUCAGGGGACCUGGACAAAUGCCGUGAGAAACUCCCAGCUUACACUAUGGCCCCCCGAACCGAAAUGCCCACCGACAAAACCCCCAAACCCUCCCCCAAUGCAUAUUCCCCUGAAAAGUAUGUGCCGAUGGGACCCAAAUUCACCAUGGCAGCAAGACCUGCUGAAGAAGUUGACAAAAUGAGAGUGCCAGGGCCCGGCACCUACGAAGCGGGAGACCUGGACAAGUGCCGGACUAGCCUGCCAGCUUUCACUAUGGCACCAAAGACCACCUUACCCCAAGACCACACGAUAAAGCCAGCACCGAACGCGUACUCGCCCGAAAAAUGUUUGACGACAGAGAGGGCUACUACCCCAAUGUUCAGCUUUGGCAUCAAACACUCGCUGUACCUGGGAAAGCUCCGAGACCAAUAGGCUGGUGGUCCCUCCCGUGGCCCCCCAACCCCGAAUACCCAGAUUCCAUCCACUCCUAAGGACCCCAUCUGCAUGACAUCGUCUUGACAGCUACCAGUACCACGCUGAUACAUUUACAAAGCAUCUGUGAUUCCAUAGUCAGUCACUUUACUUGAUGAUUGCCUACUCCCUACUGAGUCCAACUAAUGUUAAAAUGUAUGAUCUAAGAUAUUCGUAACACGAUAGAAAAGGAUUUUUUUAAAGCAUUCUGUUAAUGCUGUAUGUAUAAGUAGCAGACCUUCCAUUUGUCUUUCCGACAUUCCAAAAGGAUCCUCUAGAAAUUUGGACUCUUAAGGAGAUCAUCCAUUUCUGUAGAAAAUAAAAGAAUUUCCGCAUCGGUAAGCAACACAUUGGUUAUGUAAGCGCCAUCAUAUCAAACUCGUAAAGACAUCCACAAAUUCCUUGAGGAUUGUGUGCUCAUCUCUUCACUCCUUGUAAAUAUUAUAGUUCCAAUACAGUUGACACCAUCAAGUAAACAUUCAUUCAAGGAUUAGAAAUCUGGUAGAAUGUGAUUUCAACCCCAUCGUUUGAAGGAACGUGCAAAGAAGAAUGUCCGAAUAAAGGGUAGCUGACUGUAUUUAUAGCUAUAUAAUUCUGUUUGCAAAGAACAGUGGUGAAAGGCAUUUUUUGGUGAACAGAAACAACUGAAGGAUAUUCAGUUUUCUGACUUUUUUUCCUGAAAACUUAGCAUUCCAAAAUAUAUGUUAUUUUUAUUCAUCUUGAAAUAUAUCAAAUAGAAUCAUGUGGUUUUAAGCAUAUUUAUGAAUUUAUCUUGUUCCUUCACUUAGGGUAAUCCAGUAAGUAGCCUGAUACUUGAGUUACUAGCAUGUUGAAGGCAUUUUCCAAAGCUUUCUUUUCAUAUCCGCCCACUCAAUUCAGAUAAAUGCCAUACUAGACCACAGUCACCUUUACGAUAUAAAUAAAAAAUCCCAAAUUUU